CAUCCUCUUCAUCCUCUUCAUCACCUGAGAUCUUCAUUCUUCAGCUCGGCUGGUUCCUGUAGUGAACAUCACAGUUAGGACUGAAGUGUGUUACUGGUUUACCUCUCAGACUCCAGAAGAUGAAGAAAGAGGAGGACGAGGAUGACGGAGUCUCCAGCUGUGUGUCUAUGAAGAGUGACCGGUCCAAUGAUCAUCCUCCAGAGUUCAGUAAUGAACCUGGACCCUCAGACACAAAACAUCAGAACCACAGACAGAGAGCAGAGUCUGUAAUAUCCAGCUGUGUGUCUAUGAAGAGUGACUGGUCCAAUGAUCAACCUCCAUUCUUCAGUAAUGAACCUGGACCCUCAGACACAAAAGAGAGGAAGAGGAGGACUGUUUCUGUGGAGGAGCAGCUGUCCUGCUGUUCUUUGUGUCAGGACGUCCUGAAGGAUCCAGUCUCUACCAGCUGUGGACACUGGUUCUGCAGACAGUGCAUCACCUCAUACUGGGACCAGUCUGCUUCAUCAGGAGACUCCUCCUGUCCCAAGUGUGCAGAAAGAUCCAGAACCAGACCUGGACUGCAGACAGACAGUCAGACCAGCACUGUACAAACAGAAAGUGGUCUGCUGGAGGUUUUAGAUGAACAUCAGAUCAGUCUGAACAGCACAUGUGAAUGUGUGACUCAAGGAACUGAAGAAGCAGGAACUAAAAUUCGCCUCAAACGCAUCUACACUGAGGUCUACAUCACAGAGGAACAGAGUGAAGAGGUUAAUAACCAACAUGAGGUGUGGCAGCUUGAAACAGCUUCCAAGAUAAAGACCCUCCAUGAUGCUCCAAUCAAGUGUCAGGACAUCUUUAAAGCCUUACCUGACCAACAGAAACACAUCAGAGUGGUUCUGAUGAAUGGCGUCGCUGGUGUUGGAAAAACCUUCUCAGUGCUGAAGUUCACUCUGGACUGGACACAGCGCUCCAACAACCAAGAUAUCAGUCUGCUGAUUCUGUUCUCGUUCAGGGCGCUGAACUUGAUCAAAGAUGAGCAGUACAGUCUGAUCAUGCUGAUCCAUGAAUUCUAUCCAAAAUUACAGAAGCUCACAGCAGAGAAGCUCGCUGUCUAUAAAGUUCUGUUCAUCUUUGACGGCCUGGAUGAAAGCAGACUCUCACUGGAUUUCAACACCAGAGAAGUCGUGACUGAUGUCACACAGAAGUCAUCAGUCAGCGUGCUGUUGAAAAGCCUCAUCAAGGGGAAGCUUCUACCUCUGGCUCUCAUCUGGAUAACUUCCCGACCUGCAGCAGCCAAUCAGAUCCCUCCUUCAUGUGUUAGCAGGGUAACAGAAGUACGAGGCUUCACUGACGCCCAGAAGGAGGAGUACUUCAGGAAGAGAUUCAGUGAUGAAGAGCAGUACAGCACAAUCAUCUCACACAUCAAGACAUCCAGGAGCCUCCACAUCAUGUGUCACAUCCCAGUCUUCUGCUGGAUCACUGCUACAGUGCUGAAGGACAUGUUGACUCCAGACCAGAGUGGAGAGCUGCCCAAGACCCUGACUGACCUGUACUCACACUUCCUGCUGGUUCAGACAAAGAGGAAGAAGAACAAGUAUGAUGAGGGACAUGAGACGAGUUCACAGGACCUAAAGAAGGCUGACAGGGACCUUCUUCUGAAGCUGGGGAGGCUGGCGUUUGAACAACUGCAGGAAGGAAACAUCAUGUUCUACCAAGAAGACCUGAAGCAGUGUGGUCUUGAUGUCGCAGAGGCUGCAGUGUUAUCAGGAUUUUGUACACAGAUCUUCAAAACAGAGAAACUCCAGAAGAAAGAAGUCUACAGCUUUGUUCAUCUGAGCGUUCAGGAGUUUCUGGCUGCAGUCUACAUGUACCACUGUUACACCAGCAGGAACACAAAGGUACUGAAAGACUUCCUGGGACAAGACUACAGGUACUCCUCUCUGGAUGACUUCCUGAACGGAGCAACAGAGAAAUCUCUCCAAAGUAAAAAUGGCCACCUGGACCUGUUUGUCCGCUUCCUUCAUGGCCUCUGUCUGGAGUCCAACCAGAGUGUCUUAGAAGACCUGCUGGGUCAGACAGAGAACAGUCCAGAAACCAUCCAGAGAGUCACCAACAACCUGAAGAAGAUAAACAGUUUGGAUAUCUCUCCUGACAGAAGCAUCAACAUCUUCCACUGUCUGAUGGAGAUGAACGACCGCUCAGUACAUCAGGAGAUCCAAGAGUUCCUGAAGUCAGAGAACAGAUCAGAGAAGAAACUCUCUGUGAUCCACUGCUCAGCUCUGGCCUACAUGCUGCAGAUGUCAGAGAAGGUUCUGGAUGAGUUGGACCUGGAGAAGUACAACACAUCAGUGGAGGGACGACAGAGACUGAUCCCAGCUGUGAGGAACUGCAGAAAGGCUCGACUUUCUCGCUGUUAUCUCAGAGACACUGACUGUGAAGUAUUGGCCUCAGCUCUGAAGACCAACCCUCAUCUGACAGAUCUGGACCUGAGCUACAACGUCCUGACUGAUUCACACAUGAAGCUUCUGUGUGCUGGACUGGAGAGUCCAAACUGUAAACUGGAGACUCUGAGAUUGUGUGGCUGCAGUUUAAAGAAGAAGGACUGUACUUCUCUGGUCUCAGCUCUGAAGUCCAACCCCUCCCAUCUGAGAGUGCUGGAUCUGAGAAACAACAACCUGCAGGAUUCAGACGUGGAGCAGCUGUCUGAUCUUCUGAAGAAUCCAGACUGUAGACUGAAGACUCUGCUAUUGGGGGACUGCAGUUCAUCAGAGACCAGCUGUGCUCCUCUGGUCUCAGCUCUGAAGUCCAACCCCUCCCAUCUGAGAGAGCUGAAUCUGAGUGAAAACAAGCUGCAGGAUUCAGAUGUGAAGCUGCUGUCUGAUUUCCUGAAGAGUCCAGACUGUAGACUGGAGGAUCUGAGAUUGAGGGGCUGCAGUUUGUCAGAGACCAGCUGUGCUUCUCUGGUCUCAGCUCUGAAGUCCAACCCCUCCCAUCUGAGAGAGCUGGAUCUGAGUAACAACAAGCUGCAGGAUUCAGACGUGGAGCUGCUGUCUGAUCUUCUGAAGAAUCCAGACUGUAAACUGAAGACUCUGAUAUUGAGGAGCUGCAGUUUGUCAGAGACCAGCUGUGCUUCUCUGGUCUCAGCUCUGAAGUCCAACCCCUCCCAUCUGAGAUGGCUGGAUCUGAGUGACAACAAGUUGAAUAGUUCAUCUGUGGAGCUGCUGUCUGAUCUUCUGAAGAAUCCAGACUGUAAACUGGACGACCUGGGAUUGAGGAGCUGCAGUUUGUCAGAGAACAGCUGUACUUCUCUGGUCUCAGCUCUGAAGUCCAACCCCUCCCAUCUGAGAAAGCUAUAUCUGAGUGACAACAAGCUGCAGGAUUCAGACGUGAAGCUGCUGUCUGAUCUUCUGAAGAAUCCAGACUGUAGACUGAACGACCUGGAGUUGGGGGGCUGCAGUUUGUCAGAGACCAGCUGUGCUUCUCUGGUCUCAGCUCUGAAGUCCAACCCCUCCCAUCUGAGAGAACUGGAUCUGAGUAACAACAAGCUGCAGGAUUCAGACGUGGAGCAGCUGUCUGAUCUUCUGAAGAAUCCAAACUGUAGACUGGAGACUCUGAGAUUGUGGGGCUGCAGUUUGUCAAAGAUCAGCUGUGAUUAUCUGGCUGCAGCUCUAAAGUCCAACCCCUCCUAUCUGAGAUAUCUGGAUCUGAGUUACAACAACCUGAAGGAUUCAGACGUGAAGCUGCUGUCUGAUCUUAAGAAGAAUCUACGCUGCAGACUGGAGACUCUGAGCUGGUGAUGAUCUCUGUCAGAGUGAGAGUGAACAUCCAGGAGUGUUGAGAGAGGAUCAGCUGGAUCCUGAUGAUCCAUCUGGAGUCUGGAUCUGGAUUUUGUCGUCUUCACUUAAGUCUCUUAACUGACUACAAACUGAACAGUUAUCUCUGGAUUUAGCUGAAGUCAGCACUUUACAGAUUUGUUCUACAUGAGCUGUUUGAUGUAAAUAAAGAUAAAAACAGGUGUUAUAAGUCAGACUGUGAGUCUGGGCUCAUAUUUAUCAAGCGUCUCAGAAUCACACUGAGAGUUAAUGUAACAGGGUUGUUAUAGAUCAAUGAAGUUCAUCAAAAUGUAUUUUAUAUUCCUUCAAUAAUUAUUUUAUUUUGUUGGUUUUUGUUGUUUUCCAUUCUCCUUAUUUUCUUGUGAAACAGAUUAAUAUUUUGUGUUUAUCUAUUCAAGGCUCCUUUUAUUUGGUGUAAUCUCUUGUGGCCAAAGUUGAUAAAUAUAACGCCCGGAAAAACACUGUUUCCGUUGUCAACGGCAACAGUGCCAGUUUUCCCCUGUUGCCGUUGACGACCGCAGAUGUGGUAUGUACUGAAACAGCUCCGUGAUUUAAUCAGAUAUUAAUCUAUGAAACUGUCUUUAUAGAAGUUUAAGUACAUGUUGUUAUUUGAUGUUAUUUCACGUUGUUUUUACUAUCAGUGUGUCGCCAUUUUAUUGUUUAUUGUUUCUGUCUUUUCUUUCUUUAAGUGAAGCUGCGCUGCCUUGCUGAGUCCGUUAGCCAUGUUAACGGUUGAGCCUCAUGCAGUACUGUUUGAGAUGUAAAGUGUAACUCAUGUAAUAUGGCGACUGCUUCAGUGUGUUUAUUUUAUUCAUUUUUAUUGUGUAGUGCAAAGAGCUGUACAGCAGAUUGUCACCACCGUCUAAUGAUAAUUAUAGCUAGUCAUUUUAAAAGGGCCUUUGCACAAGAUUGUUGUAUUAUUGUUGUCAUUUAAUGUUGUAAUUUUUAUACAAAACUAGAAAAUGGGUUCAUCUUCUCAUCUCCAGCUGAACCUCCUGUAGACUUCUGUGUCCUUACAGCUCUUUGUAAUAUAUUUCUGCCAUCAGCAGGUUAAACACAUGAAUCAUUUAAUAAAUAAAGCCACCAUUAGUUUGUCUCUAACUUCAGACUGAGUGGAACCAGGCCUCUGAUCAGCCCGUUUGAUAAAUCUUUAUCUUCCUUUAAAUUACUUUUUAAAACUCAUCUUUAUCCACUGAUCUACCAAUUAUAGUUUUAUAUGCUUUACAUCUUAAAUUUGAUUCUUCUGUGUGUUUUGCUGGUUUAUUUUCUUGCUGUAUGUUUGUUAGUUUUGUGUAAAACAUUGUGUAACGUUGCUUUGAGAAGUUUUAUACACAUCUGAAGGGAAGGUGGUGGGAUGAUGGUGAUACUAAACAAAGACCAAAUUCUAAUGUGGAGCUUCAGCUUCAUGUAUAAUAUAUCUUUCUAUUGUAGUUAUUUUUCUGUCUUUGUGUAUAAAUGAAUCAUAUUUGAUUGAA